CCGAUAACAAUAAUGCCAAUGACUAGAAAAGAAUAUCCAAAGUUACCACUCAAGUACAAUAAUCGACUUUGCUGAGCCAGCGGUGGAGCUUGAGACGAUGUCACCUUCCUUCUCCGCAGUUCAUCCGGUCACCGGUAGAACAACAGAUUGGUUCUGUACAGAUCGGAAAAUCCCAAUUGCUCCUGCUAGAAUCAACCCGAGAGGCAUGCGCCCAUUGAGUCGAAGGGGUUUCUCUUUCAAAGGAAUUUUCGCUGCCGGAGCUUCGGUUAUAACCUCCCCUUCUGAAGAAGCUGCACAGCAGUCUCAAGGACCGGAAAAGCUGCCAUUUAAGCGGGAGGGAUACAACUUUUGGACAUGGAAAGGCCACAAAAUCCAUUAUGUUGUGGAAGGAGACGGGUUUCCCAUUGUUCUGAUUCAUGGGUUUGGGGCUUCUGCUUUUCAUUGGAGGUAUAAUAUACCAGAAUUGGCUAAAAACUACAAGGUCUAUGCUUUGGAUUUGCUUGGUUUUGGAUGGAGUGAGAAGGCACUCAUUGAAUAUGAUACCUUGAUAUGGAGAGAUCAGGUUCUGGAUUUUCUGAAGGAGAUAGUCAAUGAGCCAGCAGUUUUAGUUGGAAACAGCCUUGGAGGAUUUACAACGUUGGUGGCAGCAGCUGCAUCGCCAGAGAAAGUUAAAGGAAUUGUGCUGUUAAACAGUGCAGGGAAAUUUGAGGAUGCUAGUUCUGCAAAUAAUGAACAAGAAGAUGCAACCUCAAAAAAAUCCAUACUAAAUCCAGUGAAGGAGAUCUUUCAGCGUUUUUUUCUUGGAUUUUUGUUUUGGCAAGCCAAGCAACCAGCUCGAAUUGAAUCUAUUCUGAAGAGUGUACAUGAUCUCUAUUACAAUUUACAAUUAAUUAAUGCAUCAUUUCAACAAGUUAUAGUAAAUGAUUCUUAUAUUUUCAUUAAAAUUGGCCUGCAGCUGACCCUAAUGCAGGAGAGGUGUAUUACAGGCUAAUGACACGAAUUAUGUCGAACCAGAGAAAAUACACCCUUGAUGCGAUCUUGAGCCAACUCUCUUGCCCAUUGCUGUUGCUGUGGGGGGAUUUGGACCCUUGGAUUCGUCCUUCGAAGGCCAAUCGAAUUAAGGAGUUUUAUCCAAAUGCUUCACUCAUUAACCUGCAGGCAGGACAUUGUCCGCAUGAUGAGGUUCCAGAGAUUGUGAAUAAAGCACUGUUGGAUUGGUUGUCAACCCUGAACUUCUGAGGCCUUCUCACUCAUUCUCUACCCACAAAAGAAGGCCCAAAAUCAGGUCUUGUACAAAAUCUGAGCUAAAGUUGGCAGCGGGUUUAAGUGGUUUGGCGGGUAAGAAUUAGGUUGGAAUGAUACUGCCCUGGUUACCUAAUCCAUGUCUGCCAUCAAAUCUAGCAGCGUGUAAGAAGCUCAAACCAGCAGCCCCUGAUAGCCAUUGUAUUGUAGAGUUUUUUUUGGUAAACCUGUUUGUACUCCCUCUUGCCCCUCUUGUAGUUUGAAUAUAAAUAAGGUGGUCUAUGAUUCAAAUAUGUAUCUGUAGAAAGUUUAUCAGAGAGAGACAUGAGUUUAUAAGACCUUGGGGUCGACUUGUUAAUAGAUUGGAGCAAGUGUUUUAAAGGCUCAAAAAGUAGCUGGCGCGAGGUGCCACCGAAUUAUUUUAAGACCAUAAAAUAUUUAGAAUCAGAAAAGUAUAAUAAUCAAGAUCAAAC